AUGACCUGCCAGAAAGUCCAGCUUCAAGUUCCCACAAUAAGCAGUCAGUCCAAAGCACUGGAGAGCUUCCAGGAACACAGACUUCUGGCAGUUGGACAUCUAACCACUGAGACUCAGGAUCUGAAGGAUCUUUCACCUCCAAGGUUUAUGACUCAGGAGUUGGCAGCACCUCUUUCACGUGGGUGGUGCCCAGAGCAGAGCAUUACAGAGAGGACAACAUAUCCCUGGGAUGAGAGAGAACUGAGAUUCGAGCCUUUGAACCCCGAGGCACACUCACUCUCCAGCAGCUCCGAUUCAAACCUGAGUGUCUCUGUGGGCCACUUUCCCUAUGAGGAGCCCUUCUCCUGUGAGAACACCAUCUCAUGUGAAGACAUGUCUUCCAGUGGUCCUUCAAUCCACUUUGUCCCUCCUAUCCAGGGGACAUGGCAGACUGAAAAUAUAGGAAAACUCCUGGGGAGAUGAGACCGAAGACAAGAUGACUGGGAGCAGUUUUGCAAACUAAGCAUCACCCUGGCCUGGAACGUGGACAUGGCCUCUGACAGUUCAGACCUGACAGCUAAUUGGGACCUAAGCAGAGAUAACCAGCAGAUAGACAAGUACCCCAAAGAGAAGACAUGGCUGACUCUCAGCAAACUCGAUGGUCUUGUGCAAAAGCUUGAGAACCUUCUAGAGAAUCAGAAAGAUGAUGAAGAUGAUAACUCUGUGUUCCCUGAACCUGCUCCGGAGGAAGAUUCCCAGCUGCCCAGCAGCUCCCCUCCAGGUGUGGCUCAAAUGAGUCAUCAAGAACGGGACAGUUGUUAAGACUUGGCCAAGUUCAACCCACCAGAAAGUGAUGAUGCCAUCCAGUUUGCACAGAUUCCUCCAUGGCUUCAAAGACAUGAGCUUGCUGAGAUAAAAAGCCAGGCCAUUGGCAGCCAAAGGACAAAUACUGCAGAGACCUCCUCAAUUUCAUCAGGUCUGCCAGAGGAGGGCGCCCCCUCCAGCUGCCCAGCAGCUCCCUCCUGUCUGAACUUCAGGGGGGUCUUCCACUGGCUAAGGCACCAGGUCCUCUCCUCACUUUGGGGGAGAGAGCAGCCCAAGAAGGCUGCUAAGAGCUCCUGUCUGCUGGCAAAGAAGAAAGGACCUUCUCACAGAAGCAAGAGGAUCCAACCUCAAGAAUCCCUCGAAUCAGGACACCCCACAUUGCCAGAUUUUUAA